CAUUGAACUAAGCACUAUAUUAUUUAAAAUAAAACAAUAGUAUUUAACAAAAUUUUAAUAUUUGUUAAAAAAAAAAAAAAUUAAUAUUUCAAUUUAAACAUAUUAGAAGUGUAUGCAGAAGCUGUGGGUGCGUGUGAGAGAGAGACAGAGGGCAGUAAACGCACACAAACACACCAACGCAUCUCUCUCUAAAUCUCGUUCAUCGGGAUUCCUUCACCACUCUCGAGAUUUUCUUUCCCUUAGAAAUUUAUACUACGUAAUUUAGUACUACUACGUAUUUGUUUUAUUUGAUUUGUUCCUCUGUCGACUCGAGGGAGAGACUUUGGAAGCUGGAGAUACCCCAUGGAUGAGGAUGAAUGGAAUUAGUGCAUUCCUUGGGUUUGACGGACUUUUCAUGAAAUACCCACAGGGAAUUUAGGACAUCCAUCGCCUAGUGUUUUAAACCAUUACAUUUUGUAGCUCUGCUUUCAUGGAUUGAUCUCUCAAGUAAAUAAUGGAUAGUCUUUGUGAAGAAGAAGAUCAUUUCUAUGAUACCCGCGAAGGCAUCACCUCUGCUUCCGAUUCGGAUUCAGACGGAGUGGACAAUUUAGAUACUGAUUCAAGCGUUGUUGAUUUGGUGCCUUCUGGAAUUGGAUACGAGGUCUGGAAUAAAAACCCAGAAAGCAUUCGUGAACGGCGCCAUAAAUUCCUAAAAUGGAUGGGAUUUAGUUCAGAAGAAACUGUGAGGGAGGUUGAUGAAGAUGCAAAUUGUGACCAAUUGGAAGUGGAGAUUGAAAGAGCUAAACAAAAUAGUGGGGCUGUUUUGAGAACAUUGGGUUUUGAUGAUGGGCAUUCAUCCAGCCAAUCAUCCAUCUCUUAUCGGUCAAAUGAUACUGGAGAGUUGUUAGAUGGGGCAUUGGACGAGAAUUUUUCGUGUAGAUUCAAAAAUUUGGAUGAUGGGACUGAGUUCAUUGUGGAUAAACUGGGUUUGGAUGGUUUUCUCACGAGACUGCGUGAAGUGGGCUCCAACCGUUUGAUUACCUUUGAAGAGUUCGAGAGAACUCUGGGUUUAUCCCCUUUGAUUCAACCAGUCAUGCGAAGACAAGUUGAAGAGGUUUCUGGUCAAAGGGAGGUAAUGAAGCAAGUGAAGAGGGGAUGGCUGAGGAGAUUAGGUGUUGUGGCCUGUGUUGUGGAUAGACAAGUUGAAGCUGGUAAUUCAAGACCUCAUGAUUCAUAUCCAAUUUCUGGGGUUGGGACUAAAAAAAUUAGAGUUCGCACUGUCAGGAAACGGUGCAAGGAAUUUUCAGCCCUUUACAUGGGACAAGAUAUCUCAGCCCAUAAGGGUUCAAUUUUGACAAUGAAAUUUAGCCCUGAUGGGCAGUACCUCGCAAGCGCUGGUGAAGACGGCAUUGUGCGUGUAUGGCAGGUGAUGGAAUCAGAAAGAUCACACGAGUUUGAUUUGUCUGACGUUGAUCCUUCAUUUGUAUACUUCACAGUUAAUCAUCUUUCCGAACUAGUACCCCUCUAUGUGGAUAAAGAGAGAAGGGUUAAACCGAAGAAUUUGAGCAAAUCAUCUGAUGCAGCUUGUGUAGUUUUCCCUCAGAAACUUUUCCGAAUAUCUGAGAAACCCCUUCAUGAAUUCCAUGGGCACUGUGGUGAAGUCUUGGAUCUCUCCUGGUCAAAGAAUAAGUGUCUUCUUUCAUCCUCCAUUGAUAAGACUGUUCGCUUGUGGCAAGUUGGAUCUGAUGAAUGCCUAAAAGUCUUUAUCCAUACUGAUUAUGUUACAUGCAUUCAGUUUAAUCCUGUGGAUGAUAAUUACUUCAUCAGUGGCUCCAUAGAUGGGAAAGUACGCAUUUGGGCAGUUCCUUCUUGUCAAGUUGUUGAUUGGACCGAUGUAACAGAGAUAGUAACGGCUGUGUGUUAUCGCCUGGAUGGAAAGGGUGGAAUAGUUGGCUCCUUGACUGGAAAUUGCCGCUUUUAUGAUGCAUCAGAUAAUCGUCUGCAAUUGUAUGCUCAGAUAUGCUUACAGAGCAAGAAGAAGUCACCUUUUAAGAGGAUAACUGGCUUCCAGUUUUCUCCAAGUGACCCAAACAAAUUAAUGGUCACUUCUGCUGAUUCACAGGUGCGUAUUCUUCAUGGGGUUGAUGUCAUCUGCAAAUACAGAGGGCUUCGUAAUGCAGGAAGUCAAAUAUCAGCGUCAUUUACUUCAGAUGGGCAGCAUAUUGUCUCAGCAAGUGAGGAUUCUAAUAUCUUCAUGUGGAAUUACAUUAGUCAGAAUGGGCGUGUGUGUUCCAAAAUGAAAAGCAAUUUGUCUUGUGAGCGUUUCUUUUCAAACAAUGCAUCUGUUGCUAUUCCUUGGUGUGGAAUGACAUGUGGAAACUCCAUCUUCUCAAAUAUCUCAGUAGCAUCUUCAUCCCCUAAAAUAUCUGUGAACCAACCAAAAUAUGGCUCAGAAUAUGGAUCUCAGCAAUGCCACUUGGGUGAUAGUCCACUAAACAAAUUGCCGUUCUUCUCACAUGAUUUCUCUCUAAGCCAUGGAUUUUUCUCGGACUCCUUGCCAAAGGUAUCUGCAACCUGGCCAGAGGAGAAGCUUCAGGCUUCAAGCUCACUUGUGGUCCCAUCUGCAAUGUGUAAAUCUCAGUACAAGCUUCUGAAGAGCUCGUGUCAGAACGUGUUUGGCUCUCCUCAUAUGUGGGGUCUGGUAAUUGUAACAGCUGGGUGGGAUGGACGGAUCAGAACAUUCCAGAAUUACGGAUUACCAGUUCGUAGCUAAAAAUAGAGAGGUUCAGCACAAUGUAUGUCAAGCCUGUUGUGUUGAAGGAAUCUUUGGAUGACUUAUUUUGCCAAAAUGAAAGAACUGAAGCCAUGGUUGGUCCACACCUUAGUUUUGUAUAUGCAUGUGCAUUUUGAGGAGACCAUGAAGAAGCCAUGGUGUGUUGACCAAACAUUUCAAGGCGUAUUUUGAUGGAACCAGUGAGCAACUUGUGGCAUUGUUCCUUUGUGGAGAUUUAGUUUAGUUGAGCAUCAAGUAGGAUGAGGUAAUUUGGGAUUUAAUACAGUGUAAUUAUACCAUUCUUUGAUUUAUUUAGUCUCAAAAGAAAAGAGAGGGUGUAGGGGGGGCCGUGUUGAGGUUAAACAUGUCAAUUGUGGUUUCUGUGGGGUCUUUUUGGAAAUCUACAUUCAAAAAUGCAAGUGAAGAAAGGGAACCCGACGUUAAAACGGUAAUCUUGAUCUUCCAAAGCCUAACUGAUACUUUACUCUUUAUGACAUUCAUCUUAGUGCUAUUUUUUGCAACAA